AUGCCUAAAGAAGAAGUUUUAAGGGAAGAAAACCCCAAAGCGCCGACAGCAACCACCUUGUGGUGCUGUCCUUGCCUGGCGGACGUUUGCUGCUCGGGGUCCCUCAAGGGGGUCGAUGAAGAGGAGACAGUGGUAACAGGAGAAGAGGCCCAAACUGAGGCAGCUGAGGAGGCAACAACUGAAGGAGCUGAGGCGGAAGAGGCCGGAGAUGCAGCCGAAAAGUAUCAAGAAGAAGAUGAGGGGGAAGGAGAAGUUGCUGCUGCUUCUGAGGCGGACCAAACCAACGCAGCUGCAGGGCCUAGGACUGCAGCAGCGAAGCCAAAACCCAAGCCCCGGAGACAGGUGCGACCUGCAGGCAAGAAAGCCCCAAAGAGCAGCCCAGCCUUCUUCACUGGAAAGGCGGCGGGGCUGCCUCCUCCUCCUAAGGAAGCCUGUGUUGGGCCACCGCCUCCGGUGGCUGAUCCCACCUUUUCUGUCGGUCUCGGUGCCUACCUCGUCUAUACAGACGCGGAGGGGGGCAGACUGAAGAACCAAUGGAGCAAAACGCCCCUUACAGGCUCUGGCAUAUUGGCCUACCUCUGCCCAGAGAAGGAAGUUGCUGACUACAAAUUCGAGAAGAAGUCUGCCGUCGAAAUCUAUGCAACAGACUGCGAGAAGUCCAUGGCCAGUGAGUUCCCAGCGGAUCGCAUCAAAUACUACGAGGGAUGGGCAACUUUCUUCAAGCAGCUGUCAGCUCAUGGCGGCACCAUAGUACUCCUACCUGCGGCUGUCGCGGAGCCUCCACCUAAAGUUAAGGUGGUUAUGUUCAAUAAGGGCAAGCUAAGCCCUGUCGAAGUGGGCCAAGAAGUGAACAUAAAUGCAUUUGAAUGCCUUGCCAUUGUCCCCUCCAACGCCACCAAAUUCGAUGUGAAGGAAAUGCCGCAUUCUGACUUUAUGGCUCUCGCGAACUCCCAGGGAGUGUACGUGAAUCUGAAGAAGUAA